AACAGUUAUUGGAGGCCAUGAUAAUGACUCGGACAAGCUUCAUAGCCUUCGUCUUCCUGCUUCUAUGGCAAACUCCCAAUGUGAAAUGCACAGAUGAUCUCACGACAGAAAGUGAAAGUGACUUGUACAUGCCUAUAAAACCAAUAGAAGAUUUCGAACUCGAGACGCAAAUCUCGGCAGAGUGUAAGAAGCUGGGGAUCUGUGAUCAUGUCCACCACUACCCGGAGGCCACUAUCGAGGACAUAAUAAGGAAUCUAACAGAAAAAGCAUAUGCGAAAACGUUUUAUACGGAGGAGUGCCGAUUUAUGAAUAUGGAUAAUGCUUUCGAACACAUAAAACCUCUGUGUAAAUAUAGGUCAGGGUGUUUUACACCGAAGGCUGUAAAAUCACAUACGGGGACGUGGUAUUUGGUACUAAAUACGAAGGAAUCGCCCCUGCAAGUCUUCACUGGACAGGCAUAACAGAGGAUGCAAGAGCCUGAUGCAUAGCAACACAACUUGCGCGCAAGUCUAUUUCGAAAGACCUAUGAUUGUUCUGAAUUCGAAAAUGAAUGCAGUGGUCCUCAAACAUCUACCUGUACCGUGUUGCUGUAAGUGUUACAUACACCAGUAAGCACGGGAAACCAGAGAUGAGGAGUAUUUUUUUCCUUUUGGCCUUAAUAAAAACAGAGAAUAA